UCUCGCCGUACCAGGUUUUUCCCUAUCCGUCAAGUCCCAACAACACAAAAUGGUCAACCUCAGGCAGCAGAAGAGGCUCGCGGCUAGCGUCGCCAACGUCGGCAAGAGAAAGGGUGAGUUGUCAGACCGCAUACAACCCAGCAUCGCCGGCGAAAAACACCAGGGAAAUUCGAGAGGAGAGAUUGUGGAGAGGAGACCCGGGGCGGGCAGCAGAGGGAAACGGAUAGGAAUGGAGGGGAGAGUCAGUAUCUGCAAAGGCUGGCGAUAUUGAGAGGAACUGGUGGGAAGUUCAAUGGCGCAAUGCUGGGAGCUGUGGACGGAUUCGAAAUUGGUCUUGUGCUAACGGCAUCUGUCUUUUCUUUCCCCCAUCGCCUCCCCUCGCUCUCCUUCUGCACGCCCACCAUCAUGCUUCACCCAAUAGUCUGGCUCGACCCCCAGGAGGCUGCCGAGAUCAAGCAGGCCAACUCUCGAUCUGGUGUCCGAAAGCUCCUCAAGGACGGCCACAUGUGAGCAUGCGCGUGACGGCAUUUAGAAUGUCUCUGAUAGAUAUUCACAGCAUCAUCAAGCCCACCGUUGUUCACUCUCGAGCCCGUGCUAGGGAGCACGCCGCUUCCAAGCGUGCCGGCCGACACACCGGUUUCGGUAAGAGGAAGGGUACCGCCGAGGCCCGUAUGCCUACCAAGGUCCAGUGGCUCCGAAGGAUGAGGGUUCUCAGGAGGCUGUUGAAGAAGUACAGAGAGGCUGGCAAGAUCGACAAGCACAUGUACCACACCCUCUACGCCGAGGCCAAGGGUAACCGAUUCAAGAACAAGCGUGUCUUGAUGGAGCACAUCCACAAGGAGAAGGCCGAGAAGCUCCGAACCAAGCACCUCGCCGAGCAGCAGGAGGCCCGACGAGUCAAGAACAGGGCUAUGCGAGAGAGGAAGGCUACCAGGCUCGCAGAGAAGAGGGCUGGUAUCCACGAGGUCGAGUUGGAGGAGGCCAAGGCCUAAUCCUGAGGGUUGCGGUGUACUUUUACAGGGAUGGAUGCGUAUUCACGCCUGUUUCUCGACUUUAAGCUUGCAUCUCCCAUUCUGGGUUGAAAUAUGUCCAUUAACUUGCAAAUGUUGCUAAUCGGAAGUGACACUCUGCGUGAUACUCUGCGAUGGGUAUCACUUGUUACUCUUUGAUCCCUCCAAAUAAUGAAGCUCGCCAGGUAUAGCCGCUUUUGCAUGCGACGCCUUAGAUUAUUGUUCGACUUGAUCACUGUGAUACCUGCCGAGGGUGACGUUGAAGCACAACAUAGCCUGACCCCAAAGCGUAUACGAGCGUACGCACGACGCCGUAAUAAUCUUUGACGCGCCGCGUAAUGAAUCCCACAUCUUGC